AUGGCUAUCCCCAGACCUAGCACCCCUCCAGAGGCGCCUUUGGAGGUGACUGAGAUAUCUGAAAGGAGCCAAAGUUCUAGAUGGCUAAGUCGCGAUGAUCGGAUUUGCAUUUUGACUCUACGAGAUGCUGGUUUUACCUAUCGUCAGGUGCAAUAUACCUGCCAGAAUGAGCAAUCUACUCCUCGAAAGCCUCCUGGCCAGCGCCCGAAGCUAUCAGAAGAGGAUAUAGACAAUAUCAUUACCUUUAUCUCUUCAUCACAACCCACCUUUAUCGGACGAUACAAAGCGUGCUUCCAUACCAGAAUCUGGGUUACUAGAAGAGCAGGAGAAGAGCUAGAUGAGACCUGUAUUUGUUUGUCUACCCCCAAAAAGCAUGGUUGGAUGUUUUGGGGAUCAUUUUAUGGAGAUACUAAAGGCCCUUGCCUUUUCUGGGAGAAAGAAUGGGGCUCUAUCAAUGCAGAGAGUUACUGUGAGCGAAUUGUGCCUAUUAUUGACGGCUAUCUUCGCCUGAACCGACAGCAAGGUAACUAUCUUUGUCUUAUGCAUGAUGGAGCACCUGGCCAUGCCAGCAAAGAUACUAUAGCAGAGCUUCAUGAGCGUAGUAUCUAUCCUAUUAGUUGGCCUGCCUUCUCCCCUGAUCUGAACCCUAUUGAGAUGGUAUGGAACUGGAUGAAAGACUGGAUGCAAGAGAGAUAUCCAGAUGACCGCCAGCUAUCUUAUGAUGCCCUACAAGAAAUUGUACGAGCUUCAUGGGAUGCAGUCCCUACAGACUUUUUGGAAGGCCUUAUUGGGUCUAUGCAAGCCAGAUGUCAGGCAGUAAUCGAGGCAGAGGGUGGCCAUACAAAAUAUUAG